AUGGAUGGAUUCGAUGAGGCAAAGAUGAAACAGCUACAGCUGUUGAAAGAAAAAAUGAAAAUUGCUAAGGCACAAAAAGGUGAUGAUGGUAAUAAAAAUGAGAAUGUACUUCCACAUGAUGUUAAGAAUGUUAGAUCAUUUGAAACUCAAGAUAUUAAAUUUAAUAAAAUUGGAAAAAAAAAUUUUGAAAGUUUUUCAUCUAAUAAAAAAAUAAUACAUAUUAAAGGGAAUAGAUACCCAUUCCAACAGUCAAAAAGUGCUAUUACAAAUUUUACAUUUAAAACAAAAAAUGGUACAGUCAAGAUAGGCAAUAAUAGUAAUAAUAAUAAUGAUGCUGAUGCAUUUGAUACACCGCUAACUUUUGAGGAGGUUAUGAGAAGGAAAAAUGAAAAGAAAAAAUUGGCAUUUGAAAGAAGCAGUCAAAGUAAUAAUGACGAUUUGGUGAGUGCCAAGCAGAUGACCAUAAAUAAUGAACAAGAUCAGAAAAUUGUUUCCGAUGUGUUUGGUGGAUUAAAUUGCGAUGGCGGUAGUAACAACAAUGCGAGCAAUGAUCUUAGCGGAAAAUUUAGUGGUAAUUAUAACAGUAGAUGCAAUGGCAACUACACCAGUGGUGGUAAUGAUGUCCAUAACAAGGACAAUCAGAGCCAUAAUAACAGCAGUGAGAAUUCCAAAAGCAACCAGCUUAUGAAUGGAUGUUCUGCGCAUAACGAGGACCCAUCAAACAUAGAUAUGAUAAACAAUACAAAUUCAUUUAAUAUAAAUGGUACAAAGAAUUCACAUUCCUUUGGUAUAAAUUCUUUGAAUAAUUUAUUUUUGAAAAAUGUUAGCAAAAAUGAAGAAAUUAUAAUAAAGGAAGAAAAUAUGAAUAAUACUUUUCCUUUUUCAAGGAAUAAUUUAAGUGAUAGUUUUGCAGACACUUUGAUAAGGAACAAUUUGAGUAGUAACAUAUGUAAUGAAGGAAUGAGCACUCAGCAUUUUGGCAUUCGGAAUGAGCACUUAAAUGAUAGCUUGAACAACAGAUUUAAUACCCAUGUAGUAAGUAAUGAACUUAAAGGUGGUACUAUUUUUCCGAGCAGUGUAACCAAGGUAAACGAGUUUAGUUUUAACAAAACUUCGAAUAUGACUAGUGCGAAUGAUAAGUUGAAUGGUACUAUAACCGAUUCGUGCAGUAAGGGCAGCGGUUUGAGCGGUGUAACCGGCGUUAGCGGCAUCGGCAGCAUCAACAGCGAUGGAAACAUUGGUAAUAGUGAAAUAAAUGACAGAAAUAUGUUAAACAUAACAAAUAAUGUUAAUUGCUUUAGUAAUAUGAGUAAUAUAUUUAAAAUGAAUAAUAACUUGAGUAGUUCAAACGAUUUAUUUAACCGUCCACAAAAUGCCAGCAGCGUGAUGAUUAAUCGAAAUGUUGAGGAGUCAGAAGAUAAAUAUAAGCUCCUCAAUCAUGCGAGCGAGAUUAGUAAUAAUAAUAAUAAUAAUAAUAAUAAUAUGAAUAUGAAUAUGAAUAUGAAUAGUCCUUUUACUAAAGGAAAUAAUAAUACAAAUUUAUUCAACACCAGAAGUAACAUUUUGGAUAAAACGAAUGGUAGCUUAAGCAGUAUGUUUUUUGGAGCUGUGGAGGGAAGUGCCAUUACUAACGGAAAAAGCAUAUUCAGCAAUGAAAGUGGAAAAAAUAUAUUUGGAAAUGAGAGUGGAAAAAGUAUAUUCAGCAAUGAAAGCGGAAAAAAUAUAUUUGGAAAUGAGAGUGGAAAAAGCAUAUUCGGCAAUGAAAGCGGAAAAAGCAUAUUCGGCAAUGAAAGCGGAAAAAGCAUAUUCGGUAGUGAAAGCGGCAAAAGCAUAUUCGGUAACAGCACAGGUGGUGCUGACUAUAAGAACCUCUUCAACACAAGCAGCCUUUUUAGUAAAACAACUGGUAGUAACAGUCUUUUUGAUAAUGUGAACAAAUCACCUGACAAAAUAAGUAAUAUUAUAAAUAGCCAAAGUACAUUUGUUGUUGGUUCCAAUCAAUAUGCUAAAAAAUUUAGCGAGUACUUAAUAAACACGAACAACAAAUUAAUAAGCGAUAGCUAUGCCGUCAGAGCGAAUGCUUUCCCCAGUGAAGACAUUAAUAGAAAUGACAAAGGCAAUGGAAAUAGUAAUUUAAAUGUGAAUGCAAAUCCAAACAGUAACAGUAACAGUAGCAGUAACAAUAACAGCAACUGUAGCAAUAACAAUAACAGUAACAGUAACAGUAACAGUAACAAUAACAGUAACUGUAGCAAUAACAAUAACAGUAACAGUAACAGUAACAGUAACAAUAACAGUAGCAGUAACAGUAACAGUAACAGUAACAAUAACAGUAGCACCUCGUUUAGCACGUCAUACAAUGGUCUGUGCAACGGAUCUACUGCUCCUAUUAACAGCUUUUUUAACCGAAGUGAAAAUUUAUUUUCGAGGGAAAACGAUGAUGUGAAUUCGAAGGUACAUAAGUUUAAAAACACCUUGUCGAAUAUUAAAAAUAUGAAAAUUGCUUCUUUGAAUGAACAAGUAAAAAAUGAGAGCAAAAUUGCUUUAUCGUCAAUGGAAAAAAAUAUAAGAGUUGAUGUUAUUAAUUUUAAUACAAUUAAUAAGGAACAAAUGGGAAAUAAUGAUAGUAAUUGUAGUAAUGAUGCUAUUGACAAGAGAGGAAAGAGUGAAGAAGGAGGUACUCUCUGUUCUACCAAAAAUGGUAUUACCAUUGGUGAUACGCCAAAAAAUGAAGAAGAUAUGGCUACUUCAUCUGGUCCUCACAUAAAUGUUGAAAAUGCGGUAAAUCGAGUCCAUAGCAUUAAUAUAGUAAGAAGUAACAACAAUGAUGUAAACCAGUAUGAUGAGAACAGAAAUGCAAGUGAAAACAACAACGAUGUCAACAGGUACGAUGAAAACGAUAAUGCAAAUAGAAACAAUGACAAUGGCAACAGCGUGCUUGCAAAUGAAAACUCAAGUAACAUGUGUAAAAGUAAAGAAGGUAGUAUGGACCUUUGCAAAACUACGACAAGCUUCUUUACCAGUCUAAUUCCAUCCUUUUUUUCUGGUUCAAGCAAGCAGAACCAAAAAGAUCUAAACACAAAACUGGAUAAUCUUAAUAACGAUAAUAAUUUAAGUAAUUUGAAUGGAGGUGGGAGUGUAGAUAUUCAUGAAGGUACCAGUGUUGUAUUAUUAAGGGAGAACAACGACUGUGAUGAACCAGUUGAAGAAAAGACCAACGAGAAUACAAACAGUAGUAAGGAUAAAGAAUUGGACAGCGGUUUGAAUACCUCCUUCAAUGAUGUUGAAGUUACACAUUUCAAGCAAGAUGCUAACCAGAAAAGUAGUGAAACAAACCAUGAAACAUUAUCAUUAAACAGUAUGAAGGAAGCACCAAGAUAUACGAAUGUUGGACAUACGCAGAUAAAGGAUACACCCCAGGAAGAGAAAUCAUCUGCUGAACUUAAUGGAUCAAAAAGUGAGUUAACGAAUGGUGAGCAUAAUGGUAGAGGAUUAGGGGAAGAGUCCGUCCCUAAAUGGAGUUGUAAUGAUGGCAUGGGUAGAAGUAGGAUCAGCAGUCCUAGCAGUCCUAGCAGUCGAAGUGGGGGUAAAACCAAUUUUACAACAGCGGACGUUUUGGAAAAAGCUCACAAGAACAACCACAGUCUAUACGAUUCUUUCAAUUUAUAUGAUGCACGUGCAUUAAAUAAAUCGUUAGAGAGUAAAGAGAGUAAUAAUGCGAGUCGUCCUUUAAAUGUAAAUGACCUCAAUACACAUACGGCAUUUCAUCAUGAAAAUAAAAACGAAGGGGAAAAAAGCGAAAGUCAAAAAAACGAAGCGCAAAAAAAUACAAAUAAGACCAUAACAAAUGAAUUGCAAAAUGAUAAUAACAUUUUUGGCAUAUUCCAACAAAUACCGAAUGACAGUUUACUAAGUAUAAACUCAGAUAAUUUUCAAAAUAAAGAAGACUUCGAAAAAUUCAAUCAGAUAUAUAAAAACAUAAAUUGCAUAAAUAAAAAUAUAAAUUAUAUAAAUAAAUACGUCCCAACAACAAUUGAAAAUGUAAACAAGUAUAUUGAUGAAAAUAUUAACUGUUCAGAAAAUUAUGACAGAAUAUCUACGGUUAAUAAAAUUUUUUUAGAAAAAAUUCAAAAUUCACACAAUAAUACGCUACAAGAGAAUAAAGAAAUGAAAACUAUGAUAAAUAAUUUAAAUAAAAUGAUUAACAAAAAUGCUAAUUCUAUAAAUGGAUUGAUAAAAUAUAAUGAAAAGAAUAAAAAUUGUGGAGUAACUUUCAAUAAAAUGAGUAGCCGUAAUGAUGAAAAAAAUAAAACCAUGUACUAUGGCUACAAUAGCAUAAGAGCAAAAAAUUUUAUGGAAGGAGGAAUAGGAACUGAGAAUGAAAUGGUGGGUGUUAAUAUAAACAUGUUAACCCCUGUGGAAAAGAUAAAAUUAAUAAAUGAAACAUCAAAGGAAAUUUCUGUAAAUGAUGAAAUCAAUGCAAACGAAAUGAUACCUGAACAUGUGCAGAAAAUUAUGGAAAGAAGAGAAUAUUUCAAGGCAAAAAAUAGAUUACAAAAUAGUAAUGAUAGUACGAAAAAAAUAGCAGUAAAGAAAAUCAAACCGUUUGUUCCCUCAGAAUGUAGUGAAUCCUUUAGAAAUACAUUUUACACAAAUGAAAAUAAUAAAAGGAAUAUUUUUUCUUUAAAGAAUUUAAGUAACAUGGAUGUAUUGAAUGGAAGCCUUCCAAAUAGUGGCAUUAUCGAUAUUAGUGAAAAUUACUUGAACAGUAUUUGUAUAAAUGAUAAUAGUGAUAGUAAUAAAAACAAUUUGGGUAGUCAUGAUAAAAAAACAAUCAAAUGGCAUGAAGAAUUCGUAAACGCAAAUACAGAACAUAUGAAAUUGUUGAGUAACUCUAACAGUGUAACUACACCUUUAACGUAUUUUAAUGAAGAACAUAGUACACCUUUUAAAGAGUUGGACAUCAUAAAUAGUAAAAGCAAGAUUAAUGUAAACAGUGAAAAUACAAAUGCUCGUAUUCACAAUAAUAUUGAUGUGUUGUCAUUGAAUACUUUAGAGGACUCUACUAUAAGAACUACAAGUAAGCAAAUUAAUGGCAUGUGCGCACCUAAUAAUUGUAUAGACAGGAGGAGUGCUAUUGAUGAUACAAGGAAUAAUGAUGUUUCUUUCCUUCUCAAGAUAGAAAAGGAACUAAACAGACAAACUGAUUUUAUUUCUAACAUUUACACUAGUUUGGAAAAGAACAAUUAUAUUUACAACAGACAUAAGGUGGAAUCGCGAAAUGACAACAGCGAUUACAAUAAUAGUAAUGAUGUUGGUGAUGAUGAUAGUAAGAAUAAUAAUAAUAAUAAGAAUAAUAAGAAUAAUAAGAAUAAUAAUAAUAAUAAUAAUAAUAAUAAUAAUAAUAAUAAUAAUAAUAAUAAUAAUAAUAAUAAUAAUAAUAAUAAUAAACAUAAUAACCAUGUGCAGGCAAAAAGGAGAAUGGCUAGUCACAUGGGAAACAACAACAUGAGUGACAACGAGUUAAGUUCUUUUGACCAUUUUGAAAAUGAAGACAAGUUUUUUUCAUCUACUCAACAAAAGAAAAAACAAAGGUUUGAGCGGAUUGUAGACAGUGGAAAUGUAGAUAAUGAAGAAGAGGAUAAUAGUUUAUAUCAAAAUGCAGAUUCAGAAUUAUCACAAAAGGAAAAUAAAUGUAUUAAUAUGUCUCAUUAUGUCAAAGAAAUUAAAAAUUCGAAAACUUUAUCAGACAUUUCCACCAAUUUAACGAAAUACACACUACAAAGUGAACAAAUACUUUGUGAUAUAAUUAAUGAUAAUUUUAAUAUGACAUUAAAAGUUUCCUCACUAAGCGAUUUGCCAUUUUUGUUUGAAGAUUUUACUUAA